CGCGCGGCCGGGGCGGUGCGCUGCGUGGGUCGCGGCGCUGCGUGGGUCGCGGCGGCCAUGGGGAAGCUGAACGUGGUGAUGCUGCGGUACCUCUCCCGGGAGCACUUCAGGGUCCUGACCGCGGUGGAAAUGGGCAUGAAGAACCAUGAAAUUGUCCCUGCUAGCUUAAUCGCUUCCAUCGCCAGCCUUAAACAUGGGGGUUGCAACAAAAUUUUGAGAGAGCUGUCGAAGCACAAACUCCUGGCUUAUGAACGAACUAAAACUGUCCAGGGCUACCGGUUAACUAAUGCAGGAUAUGAUUACCUUGCUUUGAAAACUCUGUCUUCCCGGCAAGUCAUCAAUUCUGUUGGAAACCAGAUGGGUGUUGGUAAAGAAUCAGAUAUUUAUAUUGUUGCAAAUGAAGAGGAGCAGCAAUUUGCAUUGAAAUUGCACAGGCUUGGAAGAACUUCCUUUCGCAGCCUUAAAAAUAAACGUGACUACCACAAGCACAGGCAUAAAAUGUCAUGGCUGUAUUUAUCCCGGCUAGCAGCAAUGAAGGAGUUUGCCUAUAUGAAGGCUUUGCAUGACAGAAAGUUUCCUGUUCCAAAACCUGUGGACUACAACAGGCAUGCAGUAGUUAUGGAACUUAUUAAUGGUUAUCCCUUAUGUCAGGUGCGCCAAAUGGAAGAUCCUGCCUUGGUCUACAGUGAAUUGAUGGAUCUAAUUGUAAAACUUGCCAAUCACGGUUUGAUUCAUGGUGAUUUCAAUGAGUUUAAUCUCAUAUUAGAUGAUGACGACCGUGUAACUAUGAUUGAUUUCCCUCAGAUGGUAUCAACAUCACAUCCAAAUGCUGAAUGGUAUUUUGAUAGAGACGUUAAAUGUAUUAAAGAGUUCUUUAAGAAACGUUUCAGCUAUGAGAGUGAACUCUUUCCAACGUUCCAGGAUAUCAGGAGAGAGUAUUCUCUUGACAUAGAGAUUGCUGCCAGUGGCUAUACAAAAGAAAUGCAGGAAGAUGAUGAACUGCUUUACCCAGCAGGUCCUGAUGAGGAUGAUCAUAGAAUAGAGCCAUCAGAAUUUGUAGAAGAUCCUGAAGGUAAAUUCGACUUCCUCAGCACAGAUAAAGAGAACAAUGGAGACUUCAUACAAGAAGUGGAUGAUUUCUCUGAGAGCAGAUCCUCUAAAGGCUUGACGAAUUGCAAUGAAGAGGCCGAUGAGACUGAAAGUAGUGAAAAUGCACAGAGGCUGAGUAUGUCAGAGUUGAAUUCUGCCUUAGAAGGAGUUGAAGGGCAAACUACCCCGUGGAACACCAGUGAUGAUGCAGAGAGUUCUGUAAUUGCUUUUUCUGAGGACAAAAGGAUAACUGAAAACACUGCUGAAGCUGAAAAUCAGACAGGUCAAGGAGAAGGCCAUGGUGACAGAGAUGGUGAAGAUGAAUGCCCUGAUCUGGUUGACUUGUCGACAUUAAACAAGCAAUUCAGACCCUACAGAAAUGAAGAGAAUAUGGCUCAUGUCAAUGAGCACAGAACCAGGACUAAAAGUAUCACUUCAGUCAGUAGUGUUGGGAGCUGUUCAACCAUUCCACCGGAAUUGGUGAAACAGAAGAUAAAGCGUCAGCUGACCAAGCAACAGAAGGCUGCUCUGAGGCGGCGGCUGCAGAAAGGAGAGGCAAAUAUUUAUACCAAACAGCGUCGAGAAAAUAUGCAAAACAUUAAGUCAAGUUUGGAUGCAGCUAGUUUCUGGGGAUAAUUUAUUAAAGCUUCCUUUAGAACUUCAGAAGACUAGUAAUACAUACAUUUGAAAUAAUUAUAGUCUGGAGCAAUAGCCCUUUUAUACAAUGGAAUGUUAUUUUCCAAAGCUAAUAAACAUCAUUCUGCUUCCUGUUCUAUCUUUCAAGAUAAAAGCACUGGCUGUGAUUUUAAACUGAAUCAGUGGUAUCAGACAGGUUAACUAAACUAGAGUAAUUGCCAAUCAUGUUAAAAAUGAGUUGUUCUAUGUUAGUGUAAGGUUAAGAAUUUUUGGCUGUACAGAAGAUUCCUCUUAAAAUUUUCCCUUCCACAUUAAAACCAGUUUUUGCAAGGACAUGAAAUUGAAAUCUAAAAUGCUGCCUUCUAACAUUAUAAACAGAUACUUCUUCAGUUUAAUUAAAGAUCAGAGAAAUGUGAACCUGAUAGCAGUUAGUACUGAAACAGUUAACACUAAGAUCUCUUUUGUACCUGUAUGAACACCAGCAAACCAUAUGUUAAUGCCCAUACUUUGAACCCAGCAAUUCUCAUUUAUUUUCUCUUCACUCCAAGCUUUCACAUAUAAAUCUUGCCCCAGAAGGACAAGUAAUAAAACCAGUUUUGUACGGA